AUGUACCAUCGCUUUAUUUCCUUGCCACAAGGACAGCGGCUAGAUGAGACUAUAAAAGGGUUUAAGAAGCGUGGCUACCCACAGUGUGCUGGUGCCAUAGAUGGGACCCACAUCCCCAUCAUCGCCCCCCGUGACAACCCAGCAGACUAUUACAAUCGUAAGGGUUGGCAUUCCAUUGUUCUGCAAGCGGUAGUGGACCACAAAUACUGUUUCACAGAUGUCUUCAUAGGGUGGCCAGGACGGUCACAUGAUGCAAGGGUUCUCGCCAACUCCGAUCUUUACAGUAUUGCUGAGGACAAGCUUGGUGGAUGGCUUUUCCCUCGAGAGAAAUCGGUGAUCGUACAUGGUGUGGACAUCCCGGUCCAUCUCAUUGGUGAUGCAGCAUACCCAUUACAGCGCUGGCUAAUGAAGGGCUACACCCAGCAUGUUCACUUAUCCCCCGAACAGACAUCAUAUACCCAUGCCCUAAGUUCGGCCCGUAUGGCAGUGGAGAAUGCGUUUGGGCGUUUAAAAGGACGCUGGCGCUGCCUCAUGAAGAGGAAUGAUGUGGACUUGAAAAUAAUGCCAGAUAUAGUAGCGGCCUGCUGCAUUCUCCAUAACAUAUGUGAGAUUCAAAAGGAAAACUUUCUCCCCGAGUGGAAUAUACAUGAUCAUGGGGCGGGGGUCGCUGUACAUGAUGCACCAGGCGUGGGGGGGCAUGAUGCUGCCAGCGAGUGCAUAAGGGCCACCAUUGCAGCUAAUCUUCAAACAAUGUUGCAGUAGAGAAGACAGACAAAUUUUUGUGUGCAAACAAUUUUUGUUUAUUUCGAUUUUCAGUUAUAAAAA